GAAUACGGUAAACACAAUAGCAACGCCGCUCUCAAGCAGAACCUCUUUUGCUCUUUUGCUGUUGCUGUUCUCGACACGAAUAUUCCUUCUUGUCUACUAUUUGCUUUCUCCGUUGUCGCUACAUACAUCGUUCCUUUACAAGCCAGUAGUAACAUGGGAAGCGUCGCGCAGCAACAGCAGUGUCCUAUUUGUUAUGACGACUACAACGAAGGCGGAGAGGACUACUGGCCGUGUCUCGCCUGCGGUCAUUCUUGUUGUUCAACCUGUUUGAAACAAUGGUUCCAGACGGAAGAAAAGACGGGACAAGCAGCGCCUACAUGCCCCGUAGAGACUUGUCGACAACCCGUGGAAGACGCGACGUUGGUGUUGGGACGUGCGUUUGUUCCUGCCGGCAGCAAUGGCAAUUCUAAAAAGAAGAAGCGAAAGCGAUCAAUGGAUGAAACAAUCGACGAGUCUACCAAGGCGUGGCUGGAAGCCAACACGUUGGAAUGCGGAGGUUGUCAAGGACGCAUCACCAAGAGCUCGGGUUGUGACAAGCUUCAAUGCAUCUGUGGCUACCGAGUCUGUUGGAAGUGUCGAAAAGUCGGCGCUCAGUGUGGCUGUAAUCCUGGACACGGUUUCGUAGACAAUGUGACGGGUCUGCCGUCCUGGUCUGGCGCCAAUGUAGCCGAUCGAGGACAACUACAAAACAUGAAACAAUUCUUGGAAGAACGACGUCGAGAACGACCUCGAAAUUCCCUAUUGGAUCUGUUUGGACCAGGCAGCGAGUUUCGGAGCCAACGAAGAUCGCGAUUGUUUUCUGCCGGAUCCGCAGCAGGAGAUCCGUUCAGCCCCAGCCGAAUGGCGGCCAAAAUGAGACACCUUUAUCCCGGCGUUCCUAUUCCAUUUUCGACGCCUCAGCAGCCUCGCCAGCCCAAACGCCAGCGAUCCAAUCCCAAUAGUUUAUUUGGAUUGACAUCCUUCCAAUCAUCCACUGGACCACUUCCCUUUCCAUUCUGGGGACCUUCCUCGGCCAGAGAUCGCCGUGCCGGCCAAGAUCCACAGGCCAGAGGAGGAAACCAACCACCACCACCGUUUCCUCCUCCUUCUUCCUCUGUGGCUAGAAUUCCUGCAAACGAUGAUGAGGACGACCAACAGCACCCUUCGAAUGACUUGCUACGGCCCACACUGUUUCGAGAUUUCCCCGACAUUUUCGGAACCAACAGGGCAGAUACCGAGCUGACAAGGGCAUUGCACCUUUCCUUGAGGGACUCUUCCAUGGGGCGUGCUGCAUUUGCGCCAACGCUUCCCAGUUAUACUACUACCCCCGUGGGAAGGACGGCGGCACAUCCUAUUAGUGUGGACGAUGACGAAGAUCUCCAAGAGAGGAGUGCCAGUGCUGCUGUGGAUGAUAACCAAGUCGUCGAAAGCAAACCGGCAGCUCGUGUUAAUAAUAGCAGCUGCCACAAGGAGUACGAAGACGACAUGGCCGAGGCGAUUAGAUUGAGUAUGCUGGAAAACUCUGGCGCAUCGGUUGCAAAUCCUGUAUUCAUUGACGACAGCAACGAAGAAAAGAAGGACGACGAGAGCGAUUCCAAGCCUGCUGCUGUGAUUCUAACGCAAGAAGUUUCAGCAACGGUCGAGAAGUAAAUGAUCGAUCGAGGAGCAUUCCAAUGCUGGAGCGAACUAAACAAAUGUAUAAUUUACUGUUGUAUAAUGCACAGUUAACCAUCCUUCCC